GAAUCUUGCAGAAGUUGGCGGAAGCGAUGGAUGUCUCGGAGUGCUUGAAGCAUGGGGUCUCAAGUUGAGCUCUGUGUUUACAACUCGUCAACUACUUAAACCUGUCAACAUUCUUGCCACACUUACUGCAGCAGCUUACUCUCUUCUGCUCGAUUGAUCUCCGCUUUCAAGUAAAACCUCGUACAAAUCACAUCCAUAACCGCAGUCAUGGACGUCGUUCAAGACUGGGCAGGCUACCUCUUCCGCAAUGGCUACCUCACCCCCGGCAUAUUCGGCCCCCUGGCAACUCUAAAGAAUAUAUUCUACAACUACCUCCUUCCCGUCUUCCAGUCGCUGCUCGAGAAGCCCGACCUCACAAAGAUCGCCCUCAUGCUCGUCAUCCUCUACACAUCGCUCAAACUUCUCAAGAUGCUAGUCUCAAGCGUGCUCUUUUGGUUCCGUCUCGCUUUCCGCAUCUCCUUCUGGGGCGGUCUCGUUGUGUUGGCAUUCUGGCUUUCGCAGAGGGGUGUUGAUGGCGCGGCUGAAGAUGUGGGAUACUGGUUUAGAUUGUGGAAGGGCGAGUUGGAUCAUUACAAGAGCCAGGCUGAACAGAUCGCAUACCAACACAAUCAUGGUUACGGAGGCAAGAGUGGCUAUGGUGGUGGCUACAAGCCUGCUGCUUCGAAGAAGCAGUGGCCCUUCUGAAGAGAGAGAGAGAUGCGACACGAAAUAUUCAUCAUUGCAGGAGUUUGAAGGCUGUGUAUGAUCGCUUUUAUGAAACACAGACAUCAAGCGUAAGGAUUCAUGGGAACGCAGGAAGUAGAAGAUGUGCUGCAGCUUUGUUAUCCAGCCAAAGGAUGACCCACAGUUUCUUGUCAUUAGCUUGACAUCUGGCCUCUCACUCAUGGCAAACUUCCGAAGGCCACACUCAGAUCGCGG